AUGCCUGUGUUCAGUGGCCUGUUGAAGGUGCGGGUGUGUGAGGCAGUGGACCUGAAGCCCACCCCAUGGGCCCUGCGUCACGCUGUGGGCAAGAGCGGCUCCUUCCUGCUGGACCCCUACCUGGCCCUGAACCUGGACCAGACCCGGCUGGGCCAGACCGCCACCAGGACCAAGACCAACAGCCCCGCCUGGCACCAGGAGUUCUGCACCGAGGUCCGCGAGGGACGGAGCCUGGAGCUCUCCGUCUUCCACGACGCGCCCAUCGGAUACGACGACUUCGUGGCCAACUGCACCAUCCAGCUGGAGGACCUGCUGCAGAACGGGACCAGGCACUAUGAAGACUGGAUUGACUUGGAACCCGAGGGGAAGGUGUAUGUGGUCAUUGACCUUUCCGGAUCCUCCACAGAGGCCUCAGGUACCAACGACAAUGAGGAGCGAGUGUUCCGAGAGAGGAUCGGUCCUCGCCGACGACAGGGCGCCGUCCGAAGACGUGUCCAUCAAGUCAAUGGACACAAGUUCAUGGCCACCUACCUGAGACAGCCAACCUACUGCUCACAUUGCAGAGAUUUUAUCUGGGGCGUCCUGGGGAAGCAGGGAUACCAGUGUCAGGUGUGCACGUGUGUCGUCCACAAGCGCUGCCAUGAGCUCAUCAUCACAAAAUGUGCCGGGAUGAAGAAGCAGGAGGACACACCAGAGGAGGUGGGUUCACAGCGGUUCAGUGUUAACAUGCCCCAUAAGUUCAGUAUCCACAACUACAAAGUCCCCACCUUCUGUGACCACUGUGGCUCCCUGCUCUGGGGCCUCAUGAGGCAGGGCCUGCAGUGCAAAGUGUGUAAGAUGAAUGUGCACAGGCGGUGUGAGAAAAAUGUAGCUCCUAACUGCGGCGUGGACGCCAGAGGAAUCGCUAAGGUCCUGGCUGACCUGGGAGUCACGCCUGACAAGAUCUCGAAUACCGCGCAGCGCAGGAGGAAGUUGACUCCAGGGCAGGACCCUCCCCAGUCUCCUCCUGAGCUCUCUCAGACCGAGAACAGCUUCAGCCAGCCAGCUGUCCCCACCUCCCCCUCACAGCAGGACUUGGCAGAGUUAGAUCGCCUGCAGGACGUGCUGUCGCUUGACCAGCAGGGACCCCAACACUCCUCCUCCUCAUCCUCCUCCUCCACCAACUCCUCCUCCUCCUCGUCCUCCGCGGGCAGGGAGAACGGACAGAGUCAGAGGAGGACCCUCAAGGACUUCAACUUCAUCAAGGUUCUCGGCAAAGGCAGUUUCGGCAAGGUGAUGUUGGCGGAGCUGAAGGGGACGGAGGAGGUCUUCGCCGUCAAAGUUUUGAAGAAGGACGUGAUCCUGCAGGACGACGACGUUGACUGCACCAUGACCGAGAAGCGCAUCCUGGCCCUCGCCCGCCGACACCCCUACCUCACCCAGCUCUACUGCUGCUUCCAGACACGGGACCGUUUGUUCUUUGUGAUGGAAUACGUGAACGGAGGAGACCUGAUGUUCCAGAUUCAGCGAUCCAGGAAGUUUGAUGAGCCUCGCUCUCGUUUCUACGCCGCUGAAGUCACCUCAGCCCUCAUGUUCCUGCACCGUAAUGGUGUCAUCUACAGGGAUCUGAAGCUUGAUAACAUCCUGCUGGAUGCAGAGGGACACUGUAAGCUGGCAGACUUCGGCAUGUGCAAAGAGGGCAUCAUGAACGGAGUGACCACCACCACCUUCUGUGGCACGCCGGACUACAUUGCGCCCGAGAUCCUGCAGGAGCUGGAGUACGGAGCGUCUGUGGACUGGUGGGCCCUGGGGGUGCUGAUGUAUGAAAUGAUGGCCGGUCAGCCUCCGUUCGAAGCCGAUAACGAAGACGACUUGUUCGAGUCGAUUCUCCACGACGACGUCCUGUACCCGGUGUGGCUCAGCAAAGAGGCCGUCUCCAUCCUCCGAGCGUUCAUGACCAAGAACCCGGCCAAGCGUCUGGGCUGCGUGGUGACCCAGGGCUGCGAGGAGGCCAUCAAGACCCACCCCUUCUUCAGGGAGAUCGACUGGCUGCUGCUGGAGCAGAGAAAAGUCAAACCGCCCUUUAAACCAAGAAUAAAGACCAAGCGAGAUGUGAAUAACUUCGACCAGGACUUCACUAAGGAGGACCCCGUGUUGACGCCCACGGACGAGGCCAUCAUCCGACAGAUUAACCAGGACGAGUUCAAGGACUUCUCCUACUGCGCCCCCGAGGAGACGCAGACCUAACACACACACACAAACACAAACACACACACACACACACACAGACACACACACACUGAUCCAGCAACAUGAAACCCAGCACGCAUUUACACGCACACAUGCCGACACUCUCACAUGUGUAGAACCACAGAUCCCUUUACAAAACACACACACACACGUGCAAUCACUCCUUUAUUUUUAAGCUAUUGGUUGUUGUUACUUUUGGAAUAUUCUUUACUUGCAUUGUGUUGUCCUUGUUGCCUGGGUUUAUUAUGAAUAUGAAUAUGACUACACGCACACACCUGCACAUUCUCUCACACACAUUCCCAUGUGCAAUCGUUUUGCACACAAUCACACGCAGAGACACUACAAUCCCAAGUUUUUAACGCUCGCACAUACCUGCAGUCUCACUGCAUAUGCUUAGACAACCAACACACACACACACACACACACACAGACAUGCACUCAAACAAAUCUACACACUGACACUGCUUCUCUCCCCAGCACCUGUAUAAAUGUGGACUGUAGGUGCCGGGUGCAGAGGCCUGUAUAUAGCCUGUGUCGAGUGGCUGUAUCGUGUUGGUAUCGUCUGCUAGUAAAGGAGAGUCGUGGCGCAUGGACAAGCACCCUACCUGUGUUAUUAUUGUCCUUAAUGUGGACCGGUUAGGGCCAAAUACCCUUUGUGCAAUACCCUGACUAUCUAUAUAUUUUAUGGUUUUGUUUGUUCUCGAAAUUGUUAUUUUUUUGGUUGUUGUCGGAUUUGUUGUAUGAUCGAUCGCUCUCAUCCUCUCUCGUGUGUACAAAGUGAAUGUCAAGCUUUUACGAGUUACAGGCUAUUGAACUAAUUAUGUGGAGCAGAGUGUUACAGGUGGCCUGUGUAGCAGUGGAAAAGCCCAGUUUUUUUCAGCUGUUUCUUGCAUCUGCUAGUUUCAGAGUCCACCCCCCCUCCUGCCGGCGAGAAUGUGCCGGCCUGUGGGCGGUUUUAUUAUUAUUGUUUCUCGUGAAUGUACAUUUUUUGUGGGUGAAUGCGUGGAUUUUGUUUUUCUUUGUUGAUGUAUGACUUUUUGUCCUCCGCAUUUCUGUUCCUAUAGUUACAAUCAGUGUUUUCAGCCCCCCCCACUUUCCUUCCACGGCUCCUCAGAAGCACCAAUUCCCCUUUCCCACCAAUAGCAGCUGUCACUCAGCCUAAACUACCUGCUUUUCUGACUUUUGCUUUUUUCAAGAAUGGCUUUUCUUUCUUAUCGCCUGCUCUCUCUCUCUCUCUCUCUCUCUUUUAUAUUAUUAUUAUUAUUAUAAUUAUUAUUAUUAUUGUAAAGUGUAUUUGGAGGAAACCUUUGUGUAAAAUACUAUAACUAUACUAUUAUAGGUCUGUUACAGCCGGGUGAAAAAGAAAUGUGGAGAACCAGCAGCUGAAUUACCUCUCAUUUCCAACACAAGACACAAAUCACCACAUGCAGACUCCCUCCUUCGCCUCCUCCCUCUUCUUCUCACUCUCUUCUUUACAAACACACAGACACGCACACACACGCACACACACAGAGAAGGACUGUUGUCGCAUGUACUGUACAGUGGUCUGAAGGCGAGCGGGGUUUGCUCUGUGUGCAGUAGAGUCGCUGUGUAGUGAAGCUUCGUGCACCCAGGGGUAGGGCUGUUCCUGGUCACACUUCUAUCUUACUCUGUGCCAAAAUGUAGUGCAACAGCCAGGCUAGUCCUGUCUGGUCUGAUUCCAAUAAAACACUGAGCUGUCUACAUCA